AUGCAGAACCGCCAUCGUCCUGGCCAAAGUCAGUCCGUAGAAUCGUCACGGCGACCGGACAAAAAAUAUCUCCCAGUGUUAAAACGUCCACCACCUCUCUCCCGAGCCAACGUUAUCCUCGCACCAACGCAGAAGCUACCAUCCACAAAAGAGUCGCGGAGCUCCAGGGGCCGCUGCUCUUCCAUCAGUCUCCUACAGGGGGCAGAGCUGAUCAUUGCUGCUCUCCAUCACUGGACUGGGGCCUGCAGGAGCAGAGCCUGCGGGGAGAGGGGAGCCACUGUGAUUCAUGCGCUGAAAACAGCAGCAGCAAAUUUGGCGCAAACCCUUGACGUCACCGACACCGACCUACGGCACCCGCCUCCCCAGCUCGCUGAAUCGUCGGAUGGGAUACAACCAGGAUACAACCGAGGACUUUCUAAUCAGUCUGACAGCCUGCCUCCAUUCGCUUGUAAGCAGCGCCCUCUGCUGGUCGUUCCCGUCCCGUUUGCGGAGCUCCAGCGCGCACAGACUAACCGGGCCUUGCGUCUCCUCUCUCCCACGGGUGCCUCGUUUCCAUAG